UUUUGGUGAAAUUUAUUUUACAAGCCGCAGCAAGACAAAAUGGCGAAUCAUUAUGAUGGUCAACCUUCGAAACGACUGAAAACCGACUUUGUUGGCGGUGUUGGAAAUGAUGGUGGGUACGAUGACCCGCACAAGACCCCGCCGUCGGUCGUGCUGCACGUGCGCGGUUUGUCCGAGCGCGCGAUGGAGCAGGACCUCAUGGAUGCCGUGCAACACUUUGGACCCGUGACCCAUAUCCACAUGAUGCCAAGAAAACGUCAGGCUCUUGUGGAAUUUCAAGAUAUACAGGCAGCGCGUUCCUGUGUCAUGUACUGUCAAAACAAUCAAAUCUUUGUUGCCGGCCAACCAGCAUUCUUCAACUACUCGACCAGCCAGAGAAUAGAGAGGCAGCAUGGUGCGGAUUUCGAGAAGAACAAACCAAACCAAGUGUUACUGAUGACAAUUCUGAACCCGGCAUACCCGAUCACCACAGACGUGGUGCAGAAGAUCUGCGCACAGUUCGGUGAGGUGCAGCGCAUCGUUAUAUUCAAGAAGAACGGCGUUCAGGCGAUGGUCGAGUUUGACAGCGUCGACAGCGCCACCUGUGCGAUGCAGCAGCUCAACGGUGCUGACAUCUACUCCGGCUGCUGCACGAUUAAGAUUGAGUUCGCUAAGCCAACCCGCCUGAAUGUGUUUAAGAAUGACAAUGAUAGUUGGGACUACACCCAGCCAAACCUUGGCAAGUACGGGCAGCAGGUCUCUGAGACACCGGCGCCACCUAGACGUGCCCCACUUCUCCAGGAGCCACCGCAAGGUGGACGCAUGCGAGACGAUCGCCGCGGACCGAUGGCGCCCUACGACGACUACGGUGGCGACGGCGGCGGCUAUGGCGGCAUCCCCGGCGGUCCCCCAGGCAGGCGUCCCGGAUUUGGGCCAGUCCCGGAUCGCGGCUACGGCCCACCGGUUGACAGGUACGGCCCGGGACCCGACCGCGGAAGCCACGGAGGAGACGGAUACGGCCCACCGUCUGGUCAUGUUGACCGGUACAGCAAUCCCGCUCAAGGAAUCGGUGGUUCGCCCCAGGGAGCCGUCGUCAUGGUUUACGGACUCAACCCGGAUAAGGUCAACUGCGACAGACUGUUCAACGUCUUCUGUCUCUACGGCAACGUCCUGCGGACUAAGUUCCUGAAGUCUAAGCCGGGAGUGGCGAUGAUCCAGAUGGGAGAUGCGACAGCAGUGGAGAGGGCCAUCCAUCACCUCAACAACACCUACUACUUUGACAACAAAAUGCAGAUUGGACGCUCGAAGCAAGCAUACCUGAACGACGUACCACAGCCAUACACGCUCCCAGAUGGCAGCACAAGUUUCAAGGACUACAUGGGAAGCCGCAACAACCGCUUCACUAGCGUAGAGCAAGCGAACAAAAAUCGGAUCCAAUCUCCAUCCAAGGUGGUGCACUUUUACAAUGUGCCAUUUGGCAUCACAGAGGAGCAAGUGAAGAAGCUGUUUGAGGAGGUUGAGGCGAUUCCACCGGACAAGGUCAUCGUCUUCCCCGCUAAAUCUGAGCGCAGUGCGUCUGGCCUGGCCGAAUGGGAGAGACCGGAGGGAGCAUUCGAGGCUCUUGUCAUCGCUAACCACAUGCAGGUUCCAAAUCCCAACGGAAAAUUCCCAUACACACUGAAGCUGUGUUUCUCAUCGGUUCCCCGUGGAUCGGACCAGAAGCACGAUUAGUCCGGCUUCCAGUUUCCCGGAACCUUCGGAAUCCCAGAGUCGGUAGCCCCGCUGAAUCUGGAACCAUAUGUCUGAAUAUCUGGAUUGUGGAAUAUCGACCGGACUUACUGCAGGGUUCGCACCUAACCAUUGUUGGAAUUUUCUCCCUUUUUCUUUUUUGAUUUAACCGAACGUCUUUGUAAGUAGCAGAGCGAUCUGUUGGGUUAAGUAGGUGGGCACAUGUUAUUUCGUCCCUAGCAGGGAAUUGACAGAGCGUAAUUUUGAGGAUUUCUCCGAAUUUGCAUAGUUGGGUGUGUAGGUGUGCGAAGGUCAACGACGUUUGCAGAUGGAAAUAUUGAGUACUUGAAGGAUGUUGUACUCUCUUCUUCAUUCGUAUAAAUGGUGUAGAUAGACAUAAACCCUCGACGUUCAUUUUAAACGUGUUUCAUGUCGUUUGUCAGCUGUAGUUUUCGAUUCUGUAAUGUAAUUCACACAAGCCUUUAGCAUUUCUAGUGAAUUGCACCGAGACCUGUGGUGCAUAUGCACGUCAGAUAUCGGGAUGUUUUAUGUGAGUAGGUAAACUAAGUGUCACAUUCCUCGUUUCACGUGUCGAGAGCAGUCGAUUUUAUCAUUUGUGCGUUGGAUCGUUUUGACCAGUUGCAAAACGAAGGCAAAUUUGUCUAGAAUGUGUCAGUUUUUAAGUAAUUAUCGUGGUAGAAAAUGUGUUGUGUAAUAUCAUCAUAAGUGACCGUCUAUUUGUAUGUUAAUCGGGAUUAAGGUCAAUUCAAAAUGGAUUUUUAAUUUAACUAGGUAAGUUUAACAAUUCGACCCUUUAAUUGGAAUUGAAUGUAAAACAUGCUUACAGAAUUGAAAAUAAUAGUUGCUUUUCAAUAAGAUUUGUACCUAACUAUUUUACUAACCGGUGGAAAUAGAAAUUAAUUUCGUAUUAAAAGUAAGGAAUUGACCCUAGCCCUGAUUGUAAACACAAGGAAGAGCACACAAUUUGUUAGAUUCACCCCCCCUCACAUGCAAUUAUCUGCCUUAAUGCCAGACCAUGUCAAGAUAAACUAUAGCCGUAUCAUUUUAGAUUGUAACUACCAGGAGAGUGGACUGAAACUAGCAAUGUAUGUGUAGACAGUAGUAGAUACAACAAGGUCCAUUGGUUCAUAACGUUGGACCUACCUACGUACAUUCUUUAUGACAUCCCUCAGUCUUACUCCCCGUUUUGCGCGCACACUCAGCGUUGAUGUAUUGUUGGGCAGUCAUCGCGUAUAAUAUUCAUCUAUUCGUACAUUGACGACUAUCACUGGUAGCUGAAUAUUUCAGUGUAUGUAAAACGAAAGCAUGUGAAAAACAAAUAAAGUAAUGUCGUUAUUUCGUAGA